GUCAGCUUCUCCAGCAGCCCCAAGCUCUGACUGCCCUCUCGGAUUUCCUUCUCUGCUGUCCUCCUCCAUGUUUCUUGUUACAAAGCAAAAACGAACAUGCCAUCACUGGUGUUGGCUCCAGUAACGUGGGUGUUCGCAGGACUGUUACCGCUGGUGCAUCUAAACAUUAACACCGGACAUUCGUUAAUUAGGUCACUUCCACUUAUUGUCCUAUCCACAGGUGGCGCCACAGUAUUAUUCAUGAACAUUGCAGCCAUUUGCUUUCUUGAACACGAACUGACGAUCAUAUCAAGUUUCUACCUCAUUCUAGUGAUGGGCUUUCUGAACUCCAUGGUGCUAUCGGAAUUACACUGCAACCAGGAUUUAAAGAAGUCGCUGUUACAAAGAGCAUUCUUCAUCUCCCUUUUUUCUUUUUCGUUCUUCUCAUCAAUCUUUGUUUACUGUACGAAUCUCUGGGGAAAUAUGGACCCAGCAGAAGAUAUGACGUAUAUCGUACACGUGGAUGACAGUUUUGUGGUUUCAUCUUCCAAGAUCGGCAAUGAUAUCUGUCUACGAUGCGUUGUACUGUCAUACGUAUUUUAUUAUCUCCCGGUUUUCACCAUGCUGGCGAUACUAUUUUACAAAUGGAUCAAAGGAGCAUCUAAAACAGAAGCCUGCGCUGUGUGUUCUAAAAACAGACCUUGUCUGUGGUAUUCCUGUGUAUACUUGGCAAUAAUAACGUUUGUAGCGCGUCCCAUCGCGCUUUUGUACACCAAACAACUCUGUGAAGAUCUCUCUGCGAUGUACAUGAUUAUACCCAUAUUCUAUGGCAUUGGAUUCACAUACCUUCCACAUCUUAAAGAGACGAUAAAUGAUUCCGGGAAUGUUAUCCAUAUUUGACUUAAGGUACACGUGGAAUGCCGUUUCCGUGUUUUAGAUCAGUGGCGGAUCCAGAAAUUCCAUUUAGGGGGCCCCAGUGACAUGAGGUGGAAUGUCAAGGGAAUUUUGAGGGAGGUUUGGAGGGGAAUCGUAAAAAAAAAUGAAAAUUAAUAUAUAAUAAUAUCAUAACUAUGGGAAAAUUUAGGGGGUGGGGAUGGGGCGAACCCCUAGAGCCCCCCGAGAUCCGCCUCUGUGGAUGAUCGAAAUAAAAACUUCAUUAACAAUACACUAUUACAGAGAAUACAUAGACUUGUUUAUGUGAUAUGCAGCAUUCAUGAAUGGCGAUCUUUAUUUGACCUAUAAAAUUUGGGUCAAAAUUAUCCUUUUCAGAUGUCCGGGACUCGACAUUAGCAGUAGCCCGGGGUGUUUUGACUACCAAUUUAUCACUCGGGCUACCAGAUGUCUAAACCUGGUAGUCCUCUGGGCUACUAGAUGUUUUUUGUUUUGUUUUUUUGCACCUCCAGUUUCUCUGCAAUCAACAAGAUGCUUAAAAAAAAACACCCCAAAAAACCCCCAGCAACAACAAACCCAUCCUAAAACAAUGUUUAAAUAAAAAUAAAUUAUUUAGCUUUUUUUUCUCUCCUUUUUUAAAAGUUUAUUAAAAUUAUGGGCUACCAAUUUUACUGAGGGCUACUAGAUUUCAUAACUUGAAAAGUCACGGUCAAGACCUGAUUUCCAUCAUAUUGGAAUGUAUUACUGGGAUGGUCACCUUUAUGAUAAAUUAUAUGAAGUUUAAUCUCUCUCCCCCCCCCCCCCCCCCCCCCCCCCCCCCCCCCCCCCGGUGGCACCGGUAAACACUUCUGGUCCAUGGAGUAACAGGUAUCCGUUUUGUUUCAAACGGUGGCCAAGUAAAGAACGGCUACUGGAUGUCAAACAUUUGAUAUUUUUUACCAGGAAACCAGCAACAUUUUUCCAUUGGUAGUAAGGGAUUUUUUUAUAUGCACAAUCCGACAUACAGGAUAUCACAUACCACGGUCUUUAAUAUACCGGUUGUGAUGCAUUGGCCGGAACGAGAAAUAGACCAAUGGGUCCACCGACCGGGAUCGAUCCUAGACCGAUCGACGUGCAACACGAGAGAACUUUAGCACUGGUCUAGGCUUGAAACUAAUCACCUAUUUGUAAAUAAUAAUAACAAUAACAAUGUGUAUUUAUAGCUCAGUUUCGAUGAAGCCUCUGUAGGGUAACAAUGAAUUAUAUAUUUGUCAGUUGUCUCUAACUUACCUGUACACGUCAUAAUUGGCAUACGACGGUCGGUACGGUAUUGUCCUUUUGGUGUUUUGGUGUUUCAGAACACUUGGGUGCUUUCAGGCCCACUUAAAUGUCUCAGGUAAUACGUGGAAAACACGCCAGAAUCCCCCCUCCCACACAUACACUGAAAAUCCGUCCUACAGGCCUGUCUUUCAAGGUUUCAGUAACUGUUCUUGUUCGGUUGUUCCAAAUUUUCGAUUCUUUGCUUUAUUGUGGAUAUUGGGCAUAUAAUAAAUGUUCUUUUUAAGUCGGAUUAACUUCCGAGAACGUUCGGGGUUUAAGUGACAAACACAUUUUGGGGGAAAUUAACUUUAUUAUUUAUCUAUUUUGGGUAUUAUGUAUGCAUGCCUUUUUGUUUUGUUGUUGUUGUUGUUGUUUUUUGUUGUCAUUUGUAAAUAAAUAUCUAUGCUUUGUGUUACCUUUCAAA